AUGUCUUCACAGGCAAAAGCUCAACAUCUUGAUACUGGUACGAGUCAUAGAGGAGAUGACCAAUUUGUUGCGGUCAACUGGGGAAGACAACCAUUUUCAGCAAAUACGGGUUUCCUGAUUUUCGCUCUACAUGGCAUGCGAAACACUCAGGAAGUCAUCCUUCAUUUGUUGAUGGAUUUGCUAGGAACAGAAGAAUGGCAGUUCAUCAAUGGUGAGAUUAAAAAACGUGAUACUUGGACUACCGGUGCGUGUUACAUUGGUUUAGGGAAGAAAGGUGGGGUUUGGACUUGGGUGAGUGGAGAACAACUGAAUAUUUCGAAAUGGCGAGAUUCUGAGCCAGAUGGGGAAGACAUAAGGGCGGAAAUAUAUAAGAAUGGAGGCUUCUUUAAUGGUAUCCUGUCUACGUUAAGUAGAAAUGCCUACAUUUGCGAGACGCCCGGAGAAUGCCCAGAUAUAACUUUUAAAAACUUUUGGUACAUAAUUCCGGUAUAUGGAUGGUCCUGGAAGUGGAACAGAAUCGUUUGCAAAAUCCAAGGAGGGGACCUAAUUUCCAUCGAAACCGAAGAAGAAUGGAAUUUCAUCAAUAACCAGAUUCAAGGGCGAAAUACAACGAACUAUGAAAAUAAAUGGAGUAUUGGUUUAAAAAAAAAGGCCGGGAAUUGGACUUGGAUAAAUGGAAGACCACUGACUAUUUGCAAAUGGGGAAUAGGGGAGCCAAGUAGUGAACACGACGCGGCUUUCAUGUACAAGCUGAACAAUAAUGGCGAGCGGGGCGUGUUUGGUAGUGUUAAUCGUACACGUUGGGGAAACCAACAAGCUUAUAUUUGUGAGAUUUCCAAGGAUCUAAUGACUCAUGUCGGUUAA